CCGCUGUGGUUGAGGGAAACACCCCGCUGGUAACAGGUUGGAGACAGGGCUGCGGUGCAAAGGGAUGGAUUUAAGCAGAUGAUAGCUGACUGCAUGAGAGAGAUGCUGCAGGAGAAGCUUUCAGUCGUGACGGAUGAAUGUACGAGCCGGGUCCAGACCGGUGCGGAGACGGAUUUCCUUCCAGGCCAGUCACCACUGGGCCUGUCCACAGCUCCCACCAUUCCCAGCAGCUCCAGUGAGCCCGACCAGAACAUUGAGAACAUUAAAGUUGUUCUUCAUGAGAGGGAGCUGUGGAAGAAGUUCCACGAGGCCGGCACAGAGAUGAUCAUUACUAAAGCAGGCAGGAGGAUGUUUCCCAGCUACAAGGUUAAAGUGACUGGGAUGAACCCCAAAACCAAAUACAUCCUGCUCAUUGACAUCGUCCCAGCUGAUGACCAUCGCUACAAGUUCUGUGAUAACAAGUGGAUGGUGGCUGGCAAGGCAGAGCCAGCGAUGCCAGGCAGACUCUAUGUGCACCCUGAUUCCCCCGCUACAGGAGCUCACUGGAUGAGGCAGCUGGUGUCCUUUCAGAAGCUCAAGCUAACCAACAAUCACCUGGACCCUUUUGGGCACAUCAUCCUGAACUCUAUGCACAAGUAUCAGCCCAGGCUACAUAUCGUCAAAGCCGAUGAAAACAACGCCUUCGGAUCCAAGAACACGGCCUACUGUACUCAUGUCUUCCAUGAGACGGCCUUUAUCUCGGUUACCUCUUAUCAAAACCACAAGAUCACUCAGCUAAAGAUAGAAAACAAUCCAUUUGCCAAAGGAUUCCGGGGCAGUGAAGAAGGAGAUCUGCGUGUUUCAAGACUACAGGGGAAAGAUUAUCCAGUGAUUUCGAAGAACAUGGUUCGCCAGAGGCUCAUCUCCUCACACAGUCACCUCGCAGGGAAGCUGGGAGCAGGAGUCCUCACAGGGCACCCUCAGGUUGUGUCCUCUUAUCAGUAUGAGACCGGGGUUCCUCUGUCUAACUCAGACCCCCAAGAUCCCAUCUCCAACCACUUCCCUCAGAGCAGAGAUCCCAGCCUUCUCUACCACUGCUUCAAACACAGAGAUAAUGCCCGACACCUAGAGCUUGGAUGUAAGCGGCCGUAUCUGGAGACAUCAUCUGCAGUCUCAGAGGAGCAUUAUUUUCGUUCAGCUGCCUCUUACGAUUCGCCCCUACUGUCUCAUCCGUACCGCACUGAGGCGAUCACCUCUAGAGAAGCUUGUAUGUACGGUAGUAUGGAAACAGAGUCCAGAUCUGGGGCAAGGGACACAGAUGACCUGACCAACCCCUCUUCAAUUAAUUGCAACAUGUGGGCUAACAUGCAGCCCUACCCUCGCUACAGCGUGGAGGGUGUCCCCUAUCAGCCCUUCACUGCUCACUUCACCAACGCUGCCACCGUCACGCCGGUUGUACCGCACCCAACCUCAUCCAUGGCGUCAUGUCCACAGGCCGACAUGGGGGUCUACAACUCAGCUACAGUCCAGCUCGGGCUGCCCGUUAUACCUCCUUCGUCCUCCUCUUCAUCCUGCUCUCCAGCUGGAUCCAGAGAUAGGUCAGGCCAUCCACCUCUGUACCACAAGAAGCCAGGAUCACCGGUCCGGCCUCACAGAGAUUUCUCAGCCUAUCCAGCACAAGGCACUAUAUCCAUCCGGGAUCCGUCCUAUCAGUACCAGGUCGGGCUGAGUAGCGCAGGGACUCACUGGACUGACAGCUAACGUGGACCACUAGAGAAAGCAGCUUUGUCUCAUUUCCAAGUCUGAAAUUAAUCAAGGUUCAAAAACCCCACUGUGGGCAGCUGAUGCCAAGCAAUGAUGAUCUACAGCCACGAUCAUUGCCAAAUUGCACUCCGAAGCCAUUUAUGUACAUGAAUUCUCGCUGAAGCACUGAAGGUGAGCAGUGGCUGACCUCUU